AUGUGGAAAGAGCAAAACAAAAGCCCACAAGAAAGGGAUAGGAAUUUCUCUAGCAGCAUCUUGGUAACAAACAGAGACGUCUUUGACAGACUGAAAGUUGUUCUAAGAAAAGACCAAAAGGAGAAGGAUCUUUUUGUGAAGACGCUUCUUCAGAUGGAGAACCCAAAAGACAUCCUUAUCCAAAUAGACAGCAAUGACUUCCUCGUGGCUUCGAAAAAGGAAGCCUCUUCCUAUCUGGAAAUAUGGAAAAAAGUGACAAACGAGGUCUAUCCGUACAAGAAAGUGCUCAAAAGAUGGAGCAAUGCAAAGGCACAGGCGAUAUUUCUCUUCCAUCUCCUAUCGCUUCCUCCUGACAUGACUCUUAUCUAUCGCAGCGCUGUUUCUCCGCUGAUAGACAGAAACAAAGACACGUCUGAGUACACGCACAGCAUCAAGGAAAUGGCCAUGUCAAACUACAACUGCGAUGAAAUAUUCUCGCUAGUAGGAGAGCUAGACACAGAAGACGGCCUGUCCAUUCUCAGCCACGGAAUCACAUCAGUUCCUGAGCUCGUGUGUUUAGGUCUUGUCCGUAACUGCCAGAAGUACGACAGGCUUUUCAUCGACACUUUCUCGUACUGUCUGCUGUCAAAUGAAAGAAGCCACUUCAUUCUGCGGAAGAUAUUCGAAAAGAAGCCCAAGCUAACCCUUGCCACAAUGGAGAAGCUGCAUCUCUCUUCCUUCUCUCUGGACGAGUGCCUGUCUGCGUGCCUGGAGUGCAAGAUCCUCCCAUACAUCCUCAGGGAGCUCGAGCCGCUGGAGUUCUCCCUGGACCUCAUUCUUCUAGCCAUCUCGAGGGAGGUGAUUGACCUCAGUGUGAUUCUAUGCAUGCAGCCUAACGAUGACUUCAUCAACAGCUUCAUACAGCACAUGAUAUUUAGGUACGGCAAAGGGUCCACAAAGGGAAUCAGCAUACACCCCCUGACAGUGGAUAUUAUCCUGUCCACAUGUAUCUCCCUGGAGGGCCUGGCAAAGAGUCUAUCAAAAAGCACAAACAUGCUCCUGUCUAAGUUGAAAAGCGUACUUAUUCCUGAAAUACGCACGUGUUUGGUCAAAAGAACAACCUUCAAACAGCAGGCAAGCGAGUUUCUGCACAACGUAAUAUCAGGGCGCACCGCCAACUCCGACGCAAUAGUGUACAUGACACAGAUAUCCUCGAACAAGAACUCGUACGACACCGAGCUGUUUGAGUACAUUCUGAACGAGAUGGAGCUAAAGUACAACAUGCUCGACAGACUGGCCAUCCAUGAAGUUCUGUCCAUGGCACUGUUCUACGGGAGAAUGAUCAAGUACGAAAUACUCCCCAGCAAAAGAACAAAGUCAGCCAUGCGGUCAGUGGCCAUGUUCCUCAGAGAAGACCCGUGCAGCAACAAGUUCAAGUUCGCUCUGAAGUGUCUGGAAGCCUUUGGUGAUGUUCUAGAGAAGUAUCCCUUCUAUGCACAGGAGUACUCGAGGAUGCCCCAGGUGUAUGCAGCCAACAAGUCUUUGUACACCUUCAUUCGAGGGCAUCUAAGCAUCCAGGAGCUCAGCUCAAAGGAAGAGACUGACGGGCCCUUGGCCUUUGCAGAUCUUGUGCUGGAAAUACUUGGAAAAGCAGAAGUGCACCCAAACUGGCAGAAAUCUUUUAACAUGCUCACCUCGACCAACAUUCAGAGCGUAACUGAGUCGAUCAAAGCCCUGAAGCCCUCAGAAACAGAUCUAGCCAGGUAUAUCAUCGCUAAAAGAGUCUUUAAAGAGACCAACCAUCUGAGGCUGUACGUGCAGUUCAUUCUAGACUACUCAGACACUCUCUACCUCAGAGUAAGAGACCUCUUCUGCACCAUCCUGCGAGCGUAUGUGGACAGACACACAGAGGUAGAUAAGUCCGAUAAGGCUCCCUGUCUCAGAGUCAUAGGAACGUAUCUGGGAAUGCUUACAUUCACAGACAGAGUGCCCAUCCUCUACAGCCAGUUCAACGUAAAAGACUACCUGGUGGAAAGCGCAGGAAAAGAGUACAUAUACUCUGCGGUGGUAUUUGUGUGCAAGUACAUCGAAGAGUGCACAAACAGCACCAUACUAGGGAAGCACAGCCCGUAUGUAAUGUCCAUUCUGCGUGUUCUGUCUGAAAUACACUUCCUAGCAGAAGGAAGCGACCUGAUAUCGCUUGAAAUAGAAAUAUGUUUCUCCAAAAUAGAAUUGCCGAUAGAGGACGUGUAUCCAGACAUUUCAGUGCAGGAGAAAAGGCUGGGCGCAAAAAGAAAGGCCUCAGGCAUAGCCAACUACAUAGAGCUAGAGGGAAUAAGGAGCAUGCUAGCACACAUUGCAGUGAUGGGCCUUGAUCUAGCAGUAAGAGAUGUCCCCUACCUGAUCGUAGAUAAGAUAUUCAGCAUCAGCAGCAGGGCAGCAUCAGAGGCUGUGAAGAAAGACUUCCCAGGGAACCCCUCAUUGGCCGUUGAGGCGUACACUAAUAUGGUGUACGAGCUAACUGCAUCACUCGCCAAGGCAUCCACCGCAGGGCCCAUCAAAGCCAGUGCAGCGAAUAACAUCGCACACUUUAUGCGGCUAGCUGGGAUGGAAGACACUUUGAGCAACGAGAAAAUCUCGAAUAUUGUUGAUAAGAAUCUUCCCAUAUGCCUUGGUGUUGUGGAGUACAUCUCAAGAGAGAGAGUGGCAGCUGGACUGCAGGUGAAAAUAGAAGAACUGCGGGAGGAAAUAGCACAGCUUGCGCCCUGCCCCAUCCCCAAGCACAAAGUGUCUCUCUACCUUCCAAAACCGUACACAAAGCCAAGCUACAUCACAGCAGAAGAGAUCCAGACAAUAACAGUCGGAGAGUACCACGAGAUAUGCGCAUAUCUUUCAUCGAUCAACUACAAGAACAGAGAGAAUGCAGAGGCCCUGGGGCCUUUCACAGGCUCAUCAGCACAGAAGAAGUGGGAAGACGCGCAGAAGAUCCUGCACGAAAUAGAGAAAGUAGCAGAAGAGAACGUGAAGUCUAAGCUGGCCAUUGAGCUGCUGGAGAGCAUGCAUGCAAUUCUCAACUUUGUCUCAGCAGGCGCUAAUGAGAUGGCGUGUCUCUUCUUUUGCCAAAACAUCAUAGGGAGUAUUUUCAUGCUUAGCAACCGAUGGGCAAGAACAGUUUGCAUACAGACAGUGUACAAAAUAUGCAGGCUGUCGUAUAGCUCCAUGCGCGAAGUGUCUUCCUGGCUAAUAUACGCAGAGGACGAGAGAAAGUUCAACCCAAAGGUCAUUGCACAGAUGCUUGACCACAAGAUCAUGAACGUGCUGGAGUAUGACGUGCACCUGGGAAGCACUCUUAUCAGAAACAACCAAAGAAUGAAGUUUGCUGUUGAGCUGCUGCGUAACUGCAUUAUCACCGAUAUGCCCAUUGGCAAUCCGUUUGACUACAUCUGCACCAUUGAAGCCAUCUCCAAGACAGCUAAAGGGCCGUCUGACGAGAGAAUCAAAACUUUGCUGAAAGAAAUAGCUAAGCGCAUAUUCCUCACUAAGAAAGAUGGCGCAGAAAAAGAGCUCUUCGAUGCCUGGACAGAUCUGUACUUUUGCAAGGUUUUUGGCCCCGAAAGAACAAUGGCGCUGGAUGGCAUCAUGUCCUCCAUCAGAGAAAGAACAAGCAGCCCAUACGACAUGCAGGAGUUCCUUAAGUCUGCAUUCUCAGCAGCUGUUGAGUGCUACCUCAGAGCGCGCAAGGAGUGCUCACCCAUUAAAUACCUGAAGAUAGAGUCCCUAGCUCUGCUAAUAGCCAAUCUAGCUACUACGCCUGAAACACUCUCUGAGUGUCUCUCUAUUCUCUCUGAAAUAUUCCUGGAUGGCGUAGAUAUUCACUACUACCAGAUACAGGCUCUGUUCAUCAGACUGCUGCAGGUUCUUCUGGAGAACAUAUCCAUAUCCCUGGAGGAUGUUAUCUUUGACUUCUUGUCUACGAUGAGACCAACUUCUCUGGGGUUCUUUCUCUCGGGAUUCGUUGAGCUUUUAUUCUCGGACUACAUUAUUCGGAAUAUGUUCCUGCGAAAUGCGUACAGAGGAGUGCACAUCCUGCAGUGGACAUACCAGGCACUUCGAGCAAUGCCUCUUUCCAGCUCGCACAGUGCCCUGGUGUAUGCAUGCUCAGCCUUUGUGCUCCAGCUGAAGAAGUACGCCCCAAACUUCUACAACCACUAUUCGUACCUUGCUCUUCUUAUGGUGCCCAUCAGCCCAUCUGUUGUUCUGCUGCGGAGUGUGUGGUCUCUGCAGAGACAUCCAUCGUACAUGGAGCUGCUUUUGCAGCAUAAGCACCUCAUUCUCAACACAGAGUACUACAGUCUUCUGAUACAGGUGAACGAAGAGCUGCAGAAAAAGAACUAUGAUCUGCUGGAAGUUACAGAAAAUGAAGAGCUGCUCUCGCACAUUUUAGUGGACUCUCUUACGAACCAGCCUGACUCAUCGCGCAUCUACUACGACAUCAUACUAAGCCUAUUUGCACAGCCUGGAUAUAUCUCCUUCAAAGAGCACAUCCUAGCAAGGCUGCUGGAGAAGAGCUGUGCCCCUCCUCCCAGGCCUCUGUUUGUGCGCAAAACACUUGAUGCUCUGCUCAAUGCACAGGCAUACAUGGAGUCUCUUGGGGAGAUUGUGCGAAGAGACAAAGAGAUCCUUGGAAAGCUCAUUAUCAGAGCAUCCGCUGUGCUGGCAACAGACGAAACAGUUAAUUAG